AUGGCGGACGAUCGAAGGACAAAUUUGCUGCAAGACGCAUUUGAUCAGAUUGCUCGUUUAACAGGAGUUAGUCUAAGUGAAAAUCGUCCUGUAAAUCCCAGUAAUAAUGCAUCGGCAUCAAAUUCUGUAAGCAUGGAACUCAGUAGAAGAUUUCCUUCGUUACGAAUGCCAGCCGGCCCUACAUCUGUGAGUCCUGCCACGUCGUCAGCCACUAGUAACUCAGCCAACAGGGCCACAUUCUCUCGCUCAAGUUCAACAAGAAGCCAGGCGAGUCGGAAAAGAAAACGAACAGUAGAUAAACCAUCAAAAGUUAUUUAUAAAGAUCUGGUAUUCAUACCAGAUCCAGAGGAGGAGCAAGUUCCCACACACACGGCUCGAGUCACGCUUGAAACAGACGGGAAAGUUAUUCAUGGAUUCCCUGUAGACAUGGAGUGGGAUGCAAGGUCGCUACGGGGGAAAAUAUGCGAUCAGAUUCCCGAACUUCUUUUUUCUGAGUUUGAAUAUGUAAAGGUAACUGGGGCCAUUCAUUUAAUAUAUUAUAUAUACACCCCCGUGUUGACGACAUUCUCUGAGCCUGAGAUGUAUAGGAAAAAUGGGCUAUUACAUUUAAUUCCCGUACCCCCCCUGUCGAGGACCUCAUUUUCCAAGGGGGAAAUUAGUAAUUUUUUCCAGAGGGGUAAUUGGGAAAAAUGGAAGAAAAAUGCUCUUUCCAGAGGGGUUAAAAAGUAAAAAUGCACUUCCAGAGGGGAUUCAAGUCUCUUCCAGAGGGGUCAAUUACACAGAUUUUUUUGCAUUUCAGAGGGAUAAAAAUCCCAAAAGCAGAGGUCCUCGACAGGGGGGUUUGGUUUUUUAAUGUAAUAGCCCAAUUGAGGAGUCACUAUACUGGGGCAUGAACUUUUUGCACCAGUCAUUUGAAACCCCCGACCACCCCUCCCCCCCCCCCACGUCAGGGACACCGGGGGAAUUUACUCUCUUUGUGUGUGAACCUUUAUCCCCCAGUCACCGAGGAAAAAGUAGGGUAAACAAACACCCCUGGCUUUUUUCUCCUGAUAUUCGAUUUAGGUAGCUUUUAAAAUCGCUAUGUAAAAGCCUUUUUAAUGCGACAGUUGUUUAAUUAAAAGAAAAAACGUCCCGGAAAUCUUGUGUACUUAAUUUUAAUUAAAACCCUGACAAAACAUGACAGUAUUAACAUGUCAAAUUGUAUCUGAAUCAUUUUGUAUAAUUUUAUUUUAUAUAAUUUUUUUUCUUAUGGUAUAUCUUAUUGCAAAAUUUUACGUAACUCGCUGUUGGCCUCGCAUUCCCCAGUGACCAGGGAAGGACAAAACAGUGAAAAUGAGGUGAAUAUCCCUGUUACGUGUGUGUGUGUGUGUGGGGUGGGGGGAUCGGGGGUUUCAAAUGACUGGUGCAUAACUACCUGUUGACAACAAUUCCUGGGAGGUCGGUGAAAAUUUUAAAGUUUCUGAGGCAAAAACAUUUUUCUGAUGGGUCAUAAUAUCAGGGGAUGUUGUCAACAGGGGGUAUACAUAUGUUUUAAAUGGAGUGAAACAAGUCUCAUUGGAUAAUUAGCUAUUAUCUAUCUGUAACCAUUCCCCUCUUGGCUUUGUAUCUUAUUCAUUUAGGGGCCGUCAACAAAUAGAUUUGAACCCCCACCCCCAUUGCAUACCAGACUUUCUACUAUUGCCAUCAUUCAAAAUCUUGAUGUGAGCUGUUAUAGUGUAAAUUGUUGAAUUUACUUUAGUGAAUUUAAAUUUAAUUGUACAUACUUUUGUCUGAAAUGUGAUACAUAUUUGUUGCUGAGCUGUACAGUACAGUACAGUACAGUACAGUACAGUACAGUACAGUACAGUACAGUACAGUACAGUACAGUACAGUACAGUACAGUACAGUACAGUACAGUACAGUACAGUACAGUACAGUGCAGUACAGUACAGUACAGUACAGUACAGUACAGUACAGUACAGUACAGUACAGUACAGUACAGUACAGUACAGUACAGUACAGUACAGUACAGUACAGUACAGUACAGUACAGUACAGUACAGUACAGUACAGUACAGUACAGUACAAUACAGUACAGUACAGUACAGUACAGUACAGUACAGCACAGCACAGUACAGUACAGUACAGUACAGUACAGUACAGUACAGUACAGUACAGUACAGUACAGUACAGUACAGUACAGUACAGUACAGUACAGUACAGUAUGUUGAAUGUACAGUGCAUCCCACAAAAUAGUCUAUUCUUUUGUUUUGUCCCUGUGGUUGUCAGGGAGGGAUAAUUACAUCACAAAAUUUAAUUACUCAUGUAUUUGGCUGAUUGGAGGAGGUAUACGUCUGUGAUUCCCAAUAAAUAUAAAAAAUAUGCUUUCAGGCGUGUUAUGGAAAGCUGGUGCCCUUAAAUUUGGCUAAUGGGGUUGAAGCUACAGCUGAGAUAAUUCUCAAAGUGGCAGGCCAGGGUGCGAUAUACCUGAGAUGCACAGAACUGGAAGACGAUGACAGUAUUUUGAUGCAUUCUGCUUUUGACAACGAAUCAAGGUUGGUUUUCAAAAGACAAUUGCAAUCUUAAAAGUUCUGGUUUGCCAAGUUCUUUACACUGGGUUUUCAGGUAUAUGGGCCAUUCAGUUUUUUUCUGUGAUUAUUACAGCAAUGCCUCAACUGCAGAGGUCAUACCUACUAUAAUUGAACCUGGUCCUACUUCUGGUCCUACUUCUGGUCCUACUUCUGGCCCUGGUCCUACUUCUGGCCCUUGUCCUACUUCUGGCCCUGGUCCUACUUCUGGCCCUGGUCCUACUUCUGGCCCUACUACUGUACCUACUGCUGCAUAUACCAUUAUAACUGGUCCUACUUUUGCACCUACUACAGUUGUUGAUGAUGAUGAAGGUAAUAUUACUAAUGAAAAUAAACAUGAACAAACAUUGGUUCUAGCAUAGACUGCUUGCACCAGGAUUGCAACCAUUUUAAAUAUCUUUAUGACGUUCAAAACACUUAGUUGAUUAAAUCCAGAACUGCUAUUUUUUAAGAAUAACAAUUUAACUUUUACAUUGAGAACAUGUUCAGAGAAGUAAUAUUUUUAAUUUUGUAGUUGACACAAUAGAUCUUACUACUAUGGACAAGUCUGUGAAAGACAUAUUGGUCCAUAGAACAAAUGUCAUGAAGGAUCUAAUCAAAGAGUUCAAAGAUAAAGAAAUACUUAAUUACAAUCUUAAUUUAAGAGUAAUUGCUAGUAAUGGUGCACUUGAGAAAGGUGAGGGUAGAGGAGUUACUAGAGAAAUCCUAACCCUUUUCUGGCAAUCCUUUUUUACCUCUUUGGCAGUAGGCGCAAAAGAAAAAGUACCAAGCAUUCGACAUGAUUUUCAAAAAAAUGAUUGGGAAGCAGUUGCACGGGUUUUGAUAUAUGGGUACAUUAGCACAAAGUAUUUUCCACUUCAGUGGCAUUUGUAGCUUUAUGCAUACUAGGGGAAGAAAAGUUGUCUAAUGAUUUACUACUUGAUUCAUUUAAGCUCUAUGUUUCAGCAGAUGAAAAGGAAGUAAUUAAUGCUUGUAUGGAUGGGCAUUUUGACAUAAACAAUGAGGAUACAUUAGACUUUUUAAGUUCUUACAAGUGCUUUCGUGUUGCAAAUGCAGAAAAUAUCAAUGAAAUUAUUUUUCAGCUUGCCCACCAAGAAAUUGUGCAGAGACCAAAAUAUAUAGCAGCAUGUUGGUCAACAAUGCUUAAAUGUUUAACUGUAUUUGACCCAUUUAAGACAAUUGAAGAUUUAAGAAGCAUGUAUGAGGAAAAAACU